GAUUAUCAUCGGUAGGACGCAUUGUAGGUAGGCACACUGCGCACCACAGUCUGCAAACGCAUGUCCUUCCGUACGUUAGUGGUCCACAUAUUAUAACAUUUUGUUAUUGACGCGGUUCCCGUAUUGGUACACGGGUACGAUUAAUAAUCGAAUUCGAUUUAAACUCCAGGAAAUAACAAGCACAGUGUCGAAAUAUGAACUAUUCCGUCGCAUCCGUGUCGGUGUGUUUAUUCGUUCUUUUCGGAUCGAGUGAGUACCCACAAUAUUAUAUUAUACCUACCUAUCUAUAUUAUACCUGCGUGUAUAUGUACCGAUGUCCCUACACCAUAUACCUCUUUAUGGUUUUUCAUCAUUGUGCCUACUUGUACAUUACAAUCUGAACGUAAUCGUACAAUAUUAUGUAGGUUGGGUUAGGUUCGGUUAGGGUAUAGUCCGCCGGACUUGUCAAAUAGCGGCGCAAUUUCCAAACUAGUCAGGCGGGUUUUAUUUCUACACGUUAUUUACACUGUUCGUGUAUUCCUGCACAUCAUAUUAUAUGUGCUAUUUUAUACACGAGGAGUAGUUACAGCGAGUACCGAGACGUGGAUAAUAUUGUAUAUGCAACUAUAUAUACUGACUUUCACUUAAUCUAUUCUUAUACUUGGCGUAAUAAAUACGUAAUACCACUGUUGUGUUUCAUAAAGUGUACAUUUUGAAAACAGAGUUUGAGAUUAUGAUCGCAGCCAGAAUAGUUCAGGUAUAUUGGUUUUAAUAUCAUAUAGUGGUGUGUUUUUUUCCGCCUGUAAACAAUUUGUCUACCAGAAAUAUUGCAAAAAUCAAGUAAAAAUAAUUUUUAGAAAUCUGACAUUUUUGUAAAAAUUACAGCAUUUCACACCAUAUUUAACUCUAGAACUUAGCUCAGAAUCGUACUUCGUUAACAAUAAUUUAUCGUUGCGGACAGAUAUAAAUAGAAUAACUUUAUGUAUCUUACCCUCCCAAAUCUUCACUCACAACAAAAGCAAGCCCGGAUUAAUAAGGGGAUCCAUGGCCCCCGGGCCAUCAAAUUCUCAGGGCCUCAGUUUUUUCCACAAUAUACUCUAUACGUUUGCAUUUAACAAUUAACUUUAUAAUUUAAUACCUAUUUUUUUAUUUUUUUUUUUUCAUUGCCAGAUGAUGUCAUUUGUAUUAUUAUAUAGUGAAAAUUACUAGUAACUUGGUUAAAAAUAAUAUGUUUCUUUUUUUAAAUAAUACUUAUGACUUUUGAAUUGAGAUCUUACUGUAUUAUAUUGAUUAGUAUAAACAUUCAAAAAAAAAAAUGUUUAUUAUUAGUCUUUCAGCGAUGCCCCCGUUGAAAAGUUUGGCCCCGGGGCCUCUAAUUGACUUAAUCCGGGCUUGAACAGUGGAUACACCCAUGAGCAGAUCUUUUUACGUAUUGUUAUUAAUUAUUAUCAAUCAAUCAAUCGGUGGCUUAUUGACGAAGAUUGUUGUGUGUGUAGAUCGAUUUUCGAUUUUUGUAGGCCUCAUAAAAAAACAUUUUAACUAUGCUACCGCCUACGUUUCAUAAUAUUUGUAUUAUGGUAAUUAUAUAUUAUUUUAUAAUACCUACCCACUGAACCGUGUCUACGCUGCGGGAAAGUGUAAAUUCACUGCGUUGUAUAUUGUAACUCAAUCCGCGUGACGCACUCGUGUGAUGUCGAUUGCACGGUUUUGCAGAAGGUUUUGGAUAUUAUCAAAAAUCCUAAAUUUAAUUAGUACAUUGCCGUUUGCUGUUUUAGCUGCAAAUAUAUGUCGAAAAUCUAUAUAUAUUAACCUAUAAUAACUAGAACUCGGUUUGCAAUGCAAAGUGCAUUUCUUUGUAGUCGAUCUACAAGACAAUAAAUCGUUAUUCUGUUUAGAAUUUCGAUGGCGUUUUUACCUUAUAUUUAUUAACGGCUGUGCCACGUCAUUCGGUCUCAAACAAAUAACCUCUGUAAAAAAUUGUUGUUAAAAUUUUUAUUUUUCGUUGGUUUUCUAUUUCUAGAGUAUUUUCGGGUCAUUUUUUAAGGGUAUUAUUAUUUUUUUUAAAAAGCCUACGGUUGUAUUAGUUUAAAAAUAUAUAUCUACAAUAGUCACUGUAUUUACAACCAGACUUACUUUAUUAUUCACUCCGGAAAAUAUUAUCUAAAACUACUAUGAUAUUCACGUGUGUAAUCGUUAAUGUUGUUUUAAUAAUAUAAUGUUGUAAAAUAUUAUUCCAUUAUAACUGGAAUUAUAUGAACUAAUAUAUCUAUAUAAAAUGAAACGAACUGGUUCAUAUAAUAGUAUAAUGAUGUAUUAAUCGACGACGCAGGCAGGUUUUACAAACGUUAUACUCGGUUUUUUAUUUUAUUUUUUAAUUUCCGUUUAAAUUAUAAAUUUUUGCGAUUUCUAACAAUUAUUUUAGUACAUUGUAAAGAGAGGCACACGUGAUCAGUAGAGUUCCGUCACUAUAGAGUCGAGUUUCCCGCCACCUGUUUUGUAUUAUAGAAACAUUCUUUGUACAACAAAAAAUAAUAACCAAAUACUAUAUAAUUAUACACGUAUUGUGAAAUUUUAGCAUAAAAGCAAUAGAGGCGAGGACUUAAGUCUCAAAAAUACCUUCAAUACUAACGCCAUGCAUACACACAAUCUCAUUCCUCUGGCUUACAUAGUUAAAUUUAAUUCAACCCAUCUUUUAUCACAUAAGUCUACCCCUAAAACAACUUUUAUUCUUUAGUUCAAGUUCAUUUGAUUCAAAGGGAGUUGCUAAAAGCGUACGAAAGUAGCAGAAAACAGAUAUGCAGAGUGUUCCACAAAAAUAUACCCUCUACAAUUUCUCCUCAGAUACUAAAGAUAAUCAAAUUUUGUGAAAAAUUUGAAAUAGCCAUUUUAUAAAAUUUAUAUUCUUUUGAAAAUGUUGACGUUUCAAUUUUUUAUUUUCAUUAAAUUCUUCUAAUUUAUUAUUAUUAUUAUGGCUAACGAUUGAACUGUUAUAUAUCAUAUAUUUUUUUACUUUUGUGCGUCGCGCAUGAAUUUUUUUUACUGUAAAAGAAAAUGAACCAAAACUCGCAUUUAAUCUUCUAUUAAGCAAUUGAGCAUCUUCUUGUAGAUUAUUUAAUAUACUUGAUUAUUUUAGAAACUAACUGAGAUAAUAUAGAGUUUCAAAAGUUGAAAUGUGGUUAUCGCGUUUAAAACAGGAAAGAAGUACCUAGGUACCCACACAACAUAUUUUUAUCCAAAAAUUACAUCAAUUAAUUAGAGGGUAAAUUUAGAUGCGUUUGAAUUAUUAUAUUAGUGCACGUAAGUAGUGCGAUAAUUUUUUAGCAAAUAUUAAAUCAGUAAAUUACCUUUAGAUUUAUAUAUUAGAUUCUGAAAGUGAAAACAGUAAAAUAUCAUUAGCAUUUUUUCAACGAGUGUUUCGAACAAACAGUUUAAUUAUAAUAAAUGGUCAAAAUAUUUAUUGACAGAAAAAAAAGUGUAAAAAUAGGUACCUUUAUAAUAUAUUUAUAAAUAAGUACCUACAUAUAUUUUAUAGUAACGGAACAAAUGAAUAUAUUAUCUUGCGUAUGUAUGUAUUUACACUGUAAAAUACAAAUUCACUAUUACAUUGUAUUAUUAUAACAUUAGGGAAAAUAAUACAAGUUAGUGUACAAUUUUAACCUUGAAUAGCAGUAUUUAAUUACAUAAUUGUUUGUUUGCAAAAAAAAUGGGCUGGUGGUGAUAAUAUAAAUAUAACAAUAAUAAUUAAUAAUAAUGGCUAAUAAUAUAAUAAUUAGCCGUUUAUUUAUUAUAUAUUGGUACUCGCUAAAUGAAUAGGUAUUCAUUACUUUUUAUUACUUGGCUAUACAGUAUUCGUGCAUCACGCGAUUUUUAUAGAGCACGAAAUUCUGUAAACAAGUUCAAUUUUUUAUCAAAUAAUAAUUCGCAAGCUUUCUAUAAAUACAAUAGUUAAAUAGUUUUUAUACGUGCAGCGUAAACAAUUUUAAAUGAAAUAAAAUCGAUUAAGAGCUAGGAUGCUACACAGAUGCAUUUUGUGUUGUCUUUGCCUUUUAUACGAAUGACAGAGCAAAUCUUCUGCAUUCAGUAGCGUCAAUGUUGUGCUAUAAUCAAACUUAAAGUUAAGACUAUUAUGCGUGUUUUUAUACGUUGAAUUUCUUUUUGGAUACUUGAAGUGGAAACAUUUUGAUAUUUCACAUAUUUAUAUCUGACUUAAAAACUAAAAUAAUGAAAAACCCAACGUACAAACGUAUGUAAUGUUGUUCCCUUUAAGAUUGAUAUUUGGUUUAUGCACUGAAGUGUUUAGUUGAAACCAUUUUGUAUUUACGUGAUCCGUUUUAAAGUUAAACAGCAUAAUAUAUUAGAAUUAUAAAUAUGAAAGUAUAAUACAUUAUUUUGUAGUUUUGUACAAUUUAUAAAACUUUUGUUUUUCUCCCUUGUUUGCAUAGUUUAUAUAUUUUUUAAAUUUUAUCUCAUUUCAAAUAAUAUUAUUUAUUAGACUACCGUUUACUAAUAACAAUUUACUAUUACAGGUGCUGGUCUCAAAUGUUACACUUGCGGCUGGUGGAAUAAAAAUUGUGGGGACCCGUUCGUGAAAGACGAUUAUCUGUUAGUCGAAUGUAACACCAGAGCAAUAAAUGAGUUCAACAAUGAAUUGGGAAACACAGUAAAUACAGUGAGUAACGCUUUACAGAAUUUCGCAAAUCAAGUGGGCUUCAACCUCAACCAAAACAGCAAUUUCAAUUUGCCUACCAUAAGCGAAGAUUCCGUUGGAUGCACUAAAGUUGUACUGAAACGUACGUAUAUAAUUGCAGUGCUCUUAGUAUUUGUAUUUUUAUUCGUGUUAAUAUUGCAUAAAUCACGGUUCAAUAGGUACAUCGCUCUGAAUCGUUUUUCAUUAGCCUUCAUCAUCCAUUAGUCUUUCAUUAGUUUUUCAAUGGUUUAUCGUUACAGGUUUUACCUGUAACCACAUCCGUCUCCAGUAUACCUAAGUUUUUUUACAUUUUGAAUUGCAUGUUCUUUUAUCUAUUUAUGUAAAUACAACUGUAUAGUAUUAAUUUGAAUAAUCGAUUCGAUAAACAAAAUUAUACCCUAUAUAAUUUACCCUAAUAAAGUCGUAUUAUUGUUAUGGCUUUUGCUUAUUUAUUUGAGAUCUCGUGAUCAAAAAUUGUUUAAGAGUGAAAAUGGAGUCGACAACAUACUUUCGGAAUUGUUUUUCCGUAAUUUAUGUAUUGAACACGAAUAACUAAUACAAUAAAAUUUAGAUUUUUUUAGUUAUCACUUAAUAUAAUAUAAAAAUAUGGAAACACGUUUUGUUUACCACGUCUAGAUGGAGAAGACCAACAACGAGUGGCUCGUGGUUGUGUUUAUAACAAGGCGGAUUUGUGCAAAGGAAUGCAAAGACUCGAUGACGAGUUGAAAACCCUCAAAUACUGUGGAUCGUGUGACGACGAUGGAUGCAACGGUUCUCAGUCAUUGAAGUCUUCGCUGGUCGCUACAAUUUUUACCGCAUUGGCAACGUGUCUGUUUUACAGGCUACACUAAGAAAUCUGCUUCUAAUUCUAUUGUUGUAUUCAGAAAUAUUUACCUGACAGUAUACUUUGUUAUGGUAUUCUUAUGAGUACUUAUUAGCUUAUUCAACUACAAAUGGAAAUGUCUGUUUUAUUUUUUUAACUUUUUUUACGCUCUUAACUUAAGAAUAUGUUUACAUAUAUUUAAAUAUAAAAUAUAAUUAACAAAUGUUUUAAGAAAAAAAAUUGUAUAAUUAUAAAAAAUAAUAGAGUUCUGAGUUUACAUAUUGCUGGAUAUAGUAUUAUGUUUGUAAGUUAUAGCCGAACAAAAUUAUGAGUAAAAAUGAAUAAGAUAAUGUAGGUACAAGAGAAUCAGUAAUGUAUAUUUCUAUUUCAAAAGUACAAAGAAUACGUAUCUAUAAUUAUAUUAAUAUACCUAUAUAAUAUACAGUACAAAUAAAUUAUAUUGUAGCUAUUCAAUAAAAUGCAAACUAUUAAAAUAAAUUGUUAAAACAUAUAUUAAUUAUUAAUUAACAAUAAAACAAUUAAUGUUUGUAUUAAUACUUGUACUAAUUGAUUUUAAUAAUAUGCAUCAUUUAUAUUUGAUGUGAAAUGAAAAACAAAUAACCUGUUUGUAUGAAUUUAAUUUUUGCAAUAAAAAAAAAAAAAAAACAUAUUUAUAUUAAGAACAAAUUUAU